GUUUGGAUUGUUUGUUGCCAUUACGUCAUUGGUAAAUAAUGAAUAUUCAUAAACAAUAACAGACGACAACGUGCGCUGUACAAAGACGAAAAAAGCAGAAAUGUCAAGAUUCCAGUCUAUUUAUGAUUCCCAAGAGACUGAGGCACCAGCAUCCCAGGAGUUGUUUGGCCAAGAGUCAGAUCGAGAGCAGACUGUCCCUGUGUCUGAGAAACUGCUUAAAGACAUCCUACAAGAACUAAAAGACCUUAGAAAAAGUAUCGAGGAACUUAAAAGAUCCUCAGAAACCAGGGAAAAAACAACAUUAUUCAGAAUUGAAGAUCAGGGUUUUCAUAAAACCUACUUCCAGUAUUUGAAGGGACUCUUCUGCAGCUUUCCCUGGCUUGACAUUGAAAAUGAAGACUUCAAGAGAGAAGUAAAAGAGCUUGUCGGUGAAAACCCGUGCAAAUUUCGGAGUAUGUGCAGUUUUGCUUCUCAGAAGUUUACUCAGAUGAGAAAUCAACUGAGGCGAAUGCUGUUCCAUUCUACAAUGGACAUACAGGCCCUCUCCCUGGAUGGCCUGUGCAAUUAUUUGUACAGGCCAUUCACUCCACCAGGGGAGAGUCCUGUGGACAAAAAGAGGAGGAAGAUGACAGUAGCACUUAGGGCAUUCUUAUCAACAAAGAAGUUUAAUGAAUGUGAGAAGUUUUGGCCAGAGUUUAAAGAGUUCUAUGCAUCCAUAAAAGAAGACCUUAGACCCAACAUCUGGGAUCUUCUACAAGAAAAGGAAGAAAGAAGAAUUAAGCGGUACCAAGAUGAACAAGAAAGAGAGAAAUGAUAGGGCAAUUGUACAACGCACCGUGAUGAAGAAUAAACUCCUGAGAACAAAUUAAUGAAGUUUUUGUUAUUACUUUAUUUUGAUAUACCAAGAAUGCAUUUGCAAUAGUUCUAUACUGAUGAUCCAUACAUUUAUAUCGAGGAAUAGUUUGAAGCGAAG